GAAUCAAUAAGAAGAAUAUUAAGAAAACUCUCCUAAACUCUAAUCUCCCUAUCCUCUCAAUUCUCGUUCUCAAUCUCUCUAAAGGCCUAGGCCGAUUCUCUAUCUUUCUCUUCUCAAAUCCCUAAUUCUGUUCUUAAUCCCUAAAUCACCAAUUCCCGAUAGAACCCUAAUCUCGGGUUCUAUCAUGAUGUUCUCAGAAGCAUUUAAUAGAGAUCUUGAUCGAGAGCCCGAAAGUCUCAAGCAGGUGAACCCCCAUAUUUGGUCAAAAUACAUUAUAGACAUGUAUCAAAGUAAACAUGUAUACGAAUCGAUUAUUUUGUAGGAUGAAUCGAGAGUCCAUAAUACGAAUAAAUUGAACCAUAAUUAUAUUUUACAAAUUUUCUCCCGCAAUAAAAUUGUUAAUAAAAAUUAUAUUAUCAUAGUUUUUCUAAAAAAUUUGAACCCACCUUACAAUGAAUCCCUCGAAACCAUGUAGAACAAAUCUAAUCCAAAAAUUGCAGAAAAUAAAUUUGGGAAAGAGAGGCUGCGACAAUCUAGGGUAAAAUUGCUAAACAUAGUAAUACCAAGCAUCUCUUUCUUGCGAAUGAUGAGGAGCAAGCAACAAAACCAUAGGAAUGUUAGGUUCACAGGCAAAGAAAUCCUGAAGAACAAAGAAAAAGAUCAAUGGAACUUUUGUAAAAUAAAAAGAGAGAAAACAAAAACAAAAUUUAUCAACAAAUAUUUCCAUGUACCCAGAUAAACAUAAUUUUCCAUAUACAGAAAAUAAAAAAUAAAAAAAACCUCAAAAUUAUCUAUCCCCUCCUCCAAGCAAGACAGAGGCUGCAGCCUUCUUGUUUUUCUCAUACCAUAGUAUUUCAUGGCAUGACAGAAGAACAAUUGGGAGGCAAUAAAGAAGCAGAAGAAGACAAGAAAAAAAAAACAUUGAUUCACCAUCAUCUCGAAUCACGACUACAUUCGUGCGCAUAAUUGUUCAUGUGGAUUAUACAAAAAAAAACAGCAAGGUUAUGACCGUUUCUCGAUGAAAGCUGAAGAAAUUAGUUAUUUCUGUUGAUUCGAGCAUCCUUCGGUCUUUCUGCAUCGGGAGGAACAAAGGGGCGAGAGAAAAGUUCGAGUUUUAGGUGUUGUGUUUGAUUGAUUAAAAGAAGAAGAAAAAAAAAAGAGGAUUAAUUAUCAGGGAGGCAACAAGAAUGAGGGUGGCAUCAGCUUUGAACAUGAAGAAGGAGGUGUUGGAAAAUCUGAUAAUAGGUGGAGGGCUGAUUCUGGUGCAAUUUGUGUAUGCUGGGAAUUCAGUUCUGUUGAGCUAUUUGAUGUCUCUUGGGCUUACCCCUCUCACCAUUGUCAUCUUCUCCACUUUUGCCACAUUCCUCAUCACCUCCCCUUUUGCUUUCUACUUUGAAAGGAGGAAAUGGCCCAAGAGAAUCAGCUUCAUGCUUGUUACCCAAUUGGUUCUCAUUUCAUUCGGAGGAGUGACCUUGUUCCAAUCUUUCUUCCUCAAGGGAAUUAACCUCACUUCUCCGGCCUUGGCAACAGCCAUGCCAAACCUUUCUCCAGGCUUGAUUUUCAUCAUUGCUUGGACACUAAGGAUGGAAAGGGUUAGAAUUGGAUGCAUUUAUAGCAAGGUGAAGAUCAUUGGAACGUUGUUGUGUGUUGUUGGUGCCUUAACUAUGAGUUUCAUGCAUAGUAGCACAAUCAAGGAGCCUGCCUUCAUCGCAUCCCCUACUGAUGUUUUCAUCGACAAGGACAAGUUAGUCGGUUGCUUGUACCUCAUGGCUGCAGUUUUUGUGCUCUCUAGCAAUGUCGUGUUACAGGCAACAACGUUGGGUGAUUUUCCAGCACCAAUGUCGUUAUGUUCCAUAACAUCGGUGAUUGGUGUGGUGAUAACUGUAAUUGUGCAGCUUCUUCAAGGCCAGACUUGGGAUGUUUUCUUCCCUCUCGUGGAUGUUAGGGAUCUCGUUGGGUAUUCCUUAGUGGGAGGUGCGGUGGGAGGAGCAUGUGUGAGCUUCAAUGGAUGGGCCAUGAAGAAGAGAGGCCCAGUUUUGGUUGCCAUGUUCAGCCCAAUUGGGACAGUCAUUUCAGUUGUUCUCUCAGUUGUCACAUUGGGAGAGACCAUCAACAUUGGAAGCCUGUCAGGGAUGUUGUUGAUGUUCACGGGGCUCUACUUCUUUUUGUGGGCAAAAGGGAAAGAAGGCUAUUCGGAUGGCGUUGACCCUUUGCAAAGUAGUGAGUUCGACCCACAGAAGCCUCUCCUAAGUUAAACCCACAAAUUUGUUUUUGUUUUACUCAUUCCAAAAAGUGUAAAUUAAUUCGUACGUCUUUUUUCUUCUUUCUUUUUUUGGCGUUUUAAUUUAGGCAUGUAGAGAGGGGGGAAAAUCCAUAACCUUAUCACGGAUGAGAUGAUGGUCAGUUUGUAAUUUGCAUUUUUUUUUUCUAUCUCGGACAAUCAUACUUAAGAUGAUGACGACGGUAACUGCAUACAAAAUCUCCAGCUUAUCUAUUUCAAACAGUCAUUUGUUUAAGUGUGCUUAGUUAUCUACUAUGUAAUUGUUGGAGAAAAGAGUUUAGAAGUCGAGAUUGGUCAUCACAAUCCAAAUCUCACAAGACGCUUGCGUGACUGUAAAAGUCACAACACAUUUAUCUACGAUCGGUAAAUUCCUCUGGAACACUUUAAUAAAAAUAUCCGUAUCGA